AUGGCCGAUGCAGUACAGAUCAAGAAAACUGCAGCCAAGGUGCUUUGCUGUGUGGAGAAGGUGUCCUCUUUCGCCUCCUCCAUCGACCCCAUCUUUGGCAUCGUAUCCUCCCUGGUUGGGGUGGCUCGCAAGGGCCUGGUAGACGAGGAGGCCCACGCUCUGGACAAGGACUUCCAGGCAAUCCAUUCAAAGCUGGAGAGCAUCUCACAAAAGAACCAACUAUGCCUGAGGCAGAUCCGCAUCGACGAGGUGAACGAAACCUACGGCAAGUACGAGGAGUACAUCAAGCACCAGUACACGGCGUUCAACAGCAUGGUGGCGCAGCUGAAGAAAGACCCGGACAACACCCAGCGCUACAUGGAGACCUUUGAGAAGAUAUACGAGAGAGACAAGAGCGACAUGAGCCUGGACGUGUACUACCGCGGUGUGAUGGGUACAAACUCGCUGUUUGGGAGACCCCUGCUGAAGGUGUACCUGGAAAACUGCGACCGCGACCGUGAGAUCAUGGAGCGCCGCUGUUCACACAUCACCCACCUGUUCCACAUGGGCCUCAUCGCGCUCAUGGGCUACACAGCCGUUACAGAGGACGAUGAAGAUGAGGUGCGGGAGAAGUGGGCGAAGAGGGUGGAGGACAUCCAGGAGAAGAUGCAGGAGGUGCUCAGUCAGUGCAAAGACAAGACGGCCUGAACGAGGACCAACCGAGAGAGGAUGUGAAGCCAACGACAGAGGGACCAUUAUCUGUGCUCUCCGCUGUGGACCAAUGAAAAAAGAAGAAUUAUAUCAUGAAUAUAAAUAUAAGUAUAAAACCAAAACCAAGUUUGCAUUUGUGCACUUGAGCUGCGCCUGCGUAUUCGUAUUGCAGCUAUUUACUAAUUGUACCGACAUUGUUAUUUUUCAGUUCCAAAGAGACCACUGUUUUGUUUCAGCUGCUGAGUGUUGCAAACCUAUAAAUGCUGUUUUGUACAAUCCCUUCAAUUAAAAAUGUAUAGAUCAUUAGUUGAUGUUGAUGAA